UCAAAUCUGCGGAAUAGUGGAAGCCCGGGGACGGGGAGGAGGUGGCCAUUACUCCUCGUCAGGCGGGAGGCUCGGGAAAAGGAGCCAAGAUCCCCCUAGGACGCUAGGGGAAAGACGCCAGAAGAGGCCAGGUGUACGCUCGGCCGGAGGCGUUAUGGAAGCCGUUAUAAAGGUGAUUUUACAUGCAUGCAAAAUUUAUUGCGGGAAAAAUGUUCCUUCUAAGAAGGAGAUUUCGGCAACGCUUUCGUUGCUGGAGAAGGAGGGGCUAUUAUCAUCCCCUUCUGACUUAUAUGAUUCUGAUAAAUGGGAUUCGUUUACUGCCGCUCUCUCACAGAGGGCAAUGCUUACUCAGAAAGCAGCAGAGUUUAAGGUGUGGGGAUUGAUUUUAAUAGCUCUUAAGAAAGCGAAGGAGGAGAAGAUCGCAGGUGACCGUGCUAAGGAGCUGCUGGGGUUAGGGCCAGGGGGGGGUCUUGUCUCCCCUACAGAUUCGCCGGAGGGCAAGAUGGCGCUGACUCCUUCGGCCCCACCAGAAACAACAACCCUGGAGAUAAAGAAGAACGAAGUGAAGCAGGAGCGGUCAUACCAUAAAGAGGAGGACCCACCUCCGUACCCGGCUCGCAGCAUAUAUCCUUCACUUAAGCCCUGUAAAGAUAACGGGGAAGGGGGGCCGGUGGAGGAAAGCAGUACAACUUCUAGCACAGUUGAUAAGAGGGUCCUUGAGAAAGGAGAGAUGUCUGGGGGAGCUGUGAUACCACCUGUGGAAUGCGACAGUGGGGGCGGGACUCAGCUACUGUCCGAUUCUGCCUGCUGCUGCAGCCACCCCCCACGGGGCGUGGAUUGUCCCGCACAGCGUUGCUGUGGGGGGGGCGUUCCGACGGAGAUGGCCUCAGGGUCUGCCCAGGAGGGGCGUGGUCCCGUAUCGACAGCUUCAUGGGGCCCGCCUACCCUCGCUGACUGGGCUCGAGUGAGGGAGGACAUACGGGCUGCAGAUCCAGCAGGUGUCGCUCUCACUUUGCCAGUGGUGAUGAGACCAGAGGGUCCAGCUUGGAUUCCUCUGGAUUCCAAAGCGGUUACUCGUCUUGCGGAUUUAGUUAAGAGCAAAGGCCUGCGUUCCCCUGUCACUAUGGCAGCAGUGGAAGCUCUUAUGGCUUCUAGUCUUUUGCCAUAUGAUGUGGUGAACCUUAUGCAUGUUAUUCUUGAGCCCGUACAAUACACCCUGUGGCAUGAUGAAUGGGAUAGAUUACUUGAAGCUGUGGUGGCUGCUGCCACCCGUGACCCCCGCCAUCCAGCCAACGGCCAGCGCAGAGGCGAUAGAACUAAUCUUGCACGUCUCCAGGGCCGGGCAGAUGGAAUGGUGGGAUCCCCGGAGGGCCAAGCAGCGAUGCUCAGAGCAGGAGAGCUGGCAGCCGUUACAGCUGCAGCUCUUCAAGCCCUGCGAGAAUUAGCUAAGGUUGCGGAACCUGUGCUUCCGUGGGCAGAUAUAAAGCAGGGCCCCUCUGAGUCAUUUUCUGAUUUUGCGAAUCGUCUAAUUCAUGCAGUGGAGGGAUCUGAUCUCCCAAGGGAGAUUGUCAGUAUAAUUUCACCCUAACCCAACCUGUAAUGAUAACAUGCCUUUGGACACAAGACACCCUAGGACGAUCUUUUAAAUUUAAGGUGGAUCUCUUUAAUCAACAUACAACUGAUGUCCCAUAUAUAACUUCCACUAGGAGACUGAAGGGUGUUAUCUCUCCACAAAUUUAUCAAAUUGGACCGUACGCUAUAAAGAAUACAGGUCAGCAACAGGUAAUCUUUAAUCCAACAUGGUCCCUUAAACGAGUGAUGUUAUUAUUGCAAACUAAUGUUUCAGCUAUCAAACCAGAUUGUGCAUUGUUUUUAGGCAUGUCAUAUGCUGGAUGGUCAGCAUGGCUUCAUCGACAGUCAUUUGAUACAACUAGAAGAAUAAGAAGAGAUGUUUCCGGUAUUCUGGGAACAGGUUUAGGAGUCUUAAAUGGUGUAGACACUGAAAUACUCAUGAGUAAAUUGAAUACCAUUACAAGUAACAUA